AUGCAAACACAAGCUUUUUGCGGAAUAAUUCAAAUUGAUGGAACGUUUUUAUUUUGUAUUAAAAAAGGAAACUUACUCAUUAUUGGUACACCUGCACCAAAUAAUAGACUUAUCCCUAUUGCAUUUGCAUGGUCUGUUAGUGAAAAUACGAUAACAAUUAAGGAUAUGCUCACUAAAUUGAAAUCUUUUAUUCCACCAAGCAGAUUCAAGAAUAUUUAUUCCGAUCAAGGUCCGGCAAUUAUAGCUGCUGUUAGAGAAUCAGGCUUUUCUUGCGAUCAUAAAUUUUGCUUACGUCAUUUUGCAACAAAAAGGGAAUACAUCAAUGUCUAUUCCGAAAUUGUUGAAGUCGCUUACGCAGACCAUCCUCAAAAACGAAUUGACUUGAUUAAAAAGUUAGAAACUCGUUUACAAGAGGAAUAUCCAAACCGCGAAAAUAAUCAGGAUCUCUUUAAGUACUUAGAUAGUAUUAACCCAUUUGAAGGAUUCGCUGACUACACCGCUGGCAUACUCACAACAUCUCUUAUUGAAUCCCUUAAUGCCGAAAUUAAAGAUAAAUGGGAUACAUAUGA